CUAUAAAUGGAGAACUCAAAGGAUUUAUAGAUCAGAACCUGAGUCCAACAAAAGGAUAAUGAUCUGCAAACUGGAAAGAUAGAACAGACAUGAUUAAGAAGAAGUUGAAGCUCAAGAUAGGUGAGGAUAUAGUAAGAGAGCACCUAGCUGCCUUAAGUGAUUCUCCAAGCUCAGGCGAAUCACAUCCCAAGAAACUGAAAGAGGACUGGCAGAUGUGAUUGUGGAACCAUUAUCAGAAAUCUUUGAGGAAUCACGGACACUGGAGGAAGUGCCAAAAGACUGGAGGUAACAUUUCACUUGUUGCAUUUCCGGUUUCUAGCACCAAUUCAGCAACAAAGAUUUUACCAAAAACCUUAGGACCAAUAAAUGUGAAUGUUGGACCCCAAAUGAUUAUAAGCACACCACAAAGACUAACUAGUUCUGGGAGUGUUCUGAUCGGGAAUCCUUAUAGCCCUGCACCAGCAAUGGUCACGCAGACACAUGUGACAGAAGCUGCUGGCUGGGUUCCAGGGGAUCGAAAACGUGCUAGAGAGUUUAUAGACACUGAAAGCAAAAGAAGCAAAAAAGGAGAUAAAAAUGGAAAAGGCUUGAGACAUUUUUCAAUGAAAGUAUGUGAAAAAGUUCAACGCAAAGGAACAACUUCGUAUAAUGAAGUGGCUGAUGAGUUGGUAUCAGAGUUUACCAAUUCAAAUAAUCAUUUGGCAACAGAUUCACAGGCUUAUGAUCAGAAGAACAUUAGACGAAGAGUUUAUGAUGCCCUCAAUGUGCUAAUGGCAAUGAACAUAAUUUCAAAGGAAAAAAAAGAAAUAAAAUGGAUUGGGCUUCCUACAAAUUCAGCUCAAGAAUGUCAAAACCUAGAGAUGGAGAAGCAAAGGAGAAUAGAGCGGAUAAAGCAGAAGAGGGCUCAGCUGCAGGAGCUGCUACUGCAGCAAAUAGCUUUUAAAAAUCUGGUACAAAGGAAUCGGCAGAAUGAACAGCAGAGCCAGGGCCCACCAGCUCUGAACUCCACCAUACAACUGCCUUUUAUAAUCGUCAACACAAGCAAAAGAACUGUCAUAGACUGCAGCAUCUCAAGUGACAAGUUCGAGUACCUUUUUAAUUUUGACAACACUUUUGAGAUCCAUGACGACAUAGAGGUGUUGAAGCGAAUGGGAAUGUCUUUUGGCCUGGAAACAGGCCAGUGUUCACUCGAGGACCUGAGAGUUGCUAAAUCACUGGUGCCAAAGGCGUUAGAAGGCUAUGUCAUUGAUAUGUCUACGGGACCUUCAUGGUUGAAUCAGGGGCUACUUCUGAAUUCAACCCAAUCAGUUCCAAAUUUAGAUAUGACGAGUGGUACCACUUUAUCGCAGUCAAGUAUAAACCAAGGGUUUUGUUUGGAUGCUGAAGUGGCCUUAGCAACUGGGCAUUUCCUUGCCCCAAGUAGUCAGCAGUCGAGCAGCGCAACAUCCCACUAUUCAGAGUCCCGAGGCGAGACCCCCUGCUCUUUCAACGAUGACGAUGAAGACGACGACGAUGAGGAUCCCUCAUCCCCAGAAUAAAGACAGUAGAAAAGCUAAAUUUUACAGAAUGCUGCUCGUGUGUGUUUUUAGUGUGAGCUCUUAUUCUUGGUGUGAUUGCUUCAGCCCUUGCCUUUGUUUGCACUGUGUAUUCAGUGACAGUAAGUGAAACACAGCUAAAGACAUCGGAGUUAAGAUGAUUAAGAUGAAAGUUAACAUAAUAUGAAUGAAGACUCUGGCCAUACAAAGCACUAGGACACAGCGCAAACAAAGUGUAUUUUCCUCUGUGCCUGAGGUAAAGAAAUCCCUGAAGACCUGGCAGAGUUGAAUGAGUCAAUUCAGCCACCUUCUGAGAUGCGGGACCGUUGUCUUCUCCCAUACCCGUAUCAUUCUGCUUAGAACUGAGAGUGCGACAAGGAAGAUUCCUUAGCUAAAAUACUUCUCAUGCUCAUAUCUCUUGGCUGUGCUGUUGUUAAAUGCCAAGAUGAAUAUUUACAGUUAUGCUUUGUACUGUUUGCGUGAGGUACCUAGAAUAUUUGUUCCCCUGACUCUAGAAAUCAAAGUCUUAAAGUAGUUCCGAGUGCUAACAUUUCUUGAAGUAGUGGAAAGCCUGUUUAACGAUGUGUGUCACCUACCAGCCACUUCAGACAUUUGUCCAGGAGGUAGGAAGACCAGCUCAAUACUUUAACUUCAGUGACACUUCAGAUAUAAUUUGUCAUGUUCAAAAACAGGAAUUAAGAUAGUUAGCCAAUGCAAACAAAAGAAUUUAUUAGGGUUAUUUAUGGAAGACAGAAGAAUCUCUAAUAGCAUUUCCAUGGAUAAAUUUCCAGCACUGCCUUUUGCCAGUGCCUACAAUGUUGAAAUUUGACAGGGAAGGAAACUGUAGAAAUAGCUUUCAUCCAACUAUUAGCCAGUGCAAUUCAGCCAGUUUUUUUUUUUUUUAAUUUAAAAUGAGAACAACAGAAAAACAACCAAUUCAAGUUGUGAAGUGCUUGCUUACAUUUCAUUUGAUAGUAUUGUCAUGUCAACAAGUGUACGAUUUGUGAAAAUGAAGCAGUUGACUUCAAUUUUGUCGUAAAAGAAAAUAUCUCAAAAAUAUUAAUUGGUAAGCCCUCUUGCACUUUUAUUACUUAGUACAUUUCAUUAAUCACAUUGGACCUCUUAAUGAGUAAAUUGCAUCUCUCAUGAACUGGCCCAUAUUUUUGUUUCAUGGAAAUGUCAUAAUAUGUUAAAUGCUUCCAAAUUAUUGGACUUGUAGUAGGUAGUGUUUCAUAGCCAAAGAUACUGUUAGCAAUACUACAUUAUUGACUUCUUUUAAAAGAAAGAGUGCAUGGGGGAGGAAUUCUUAAAUCACAAGUGUAAAAGAUUCCUCAUUGUGGCAUUACAGCUGGGAGUAGGGAAGAGGGAGGAGGCUCAGAAUCAAGGCAAAAGCCCACCGUUGUGCUGAGGAGCCCCUUUGCUCUGCUCUCUUUCUACUCUCAUUCAAGUUAAAUCUGAAGUCCAGUAAAACAGUAAAACUUAAACCCUUUAAAAUCUCUCAACGGUAACUUCUAUAUAUGUUUUAAAAUGUGUAUUCAUCAGAAAAACAAAUUAGAUUUUACUAGUAUUUUGGCAAUUUGGAGAACUCAUAGCAAACUACCAACAAAAUUCUUAUUCUGAUAUUUAAUAGACACAAUGUGAUACCAUUUUAAGUUGGAGAAAUACCAAGGCCCUUACACUGUGGUAUACCAUGUGGCUAUCCAGAAUAUUAAAAAUUAAGUAAACCUUAUACUAUUCAAAACAAAAAAUAUAAAAUGUUAAAUGAAGAUUGAUUUAAGGGCUAUAAAUGCAGUAGCACCUCGAUUUUGAAGAAGCCAAACAAUGAAGGGAGAAAUCAUUUUUCAAUGUUAAUUUUGUGGGAGGCAAAGGAAUGAAUGAUUCAAAUGUUUUCUUUGAUUGGGGCCUAUAACUUACUUUGGUAUCUGUCAGCCCAGUUCAAUUGCUGACCUCAUUAGCUAUGAAUUUUACUUUGUGGUAAUCCUUUUUUAAAUUAUAAGGGGUUUGGGAAAGGAAAGGAUGUUUUGUAGCCCAGUGAACACCUAGGAUGACCUCAAGUCUUUAUCAAGGCUCAGAAACCCAGCAAACAAGGACAGAGGACAUUAGGCCAGGUCCCCUUGAGAGAAUACUCUUUCAAGAUUAUGUAAUUACUAUAAGCUUUAGGUAGUUUAGGGGUCAGGAAGAUGACAUGAUGAUGUGUUAGUUCUAGUGUCUUGAGUAGAGAAUUCAUCUUAGCAUGGAUUUGGGAAGAGGCCUCCCAGUCAGGCAUAACAGGAAGUGGCGAUAAAGCUAACAGGCUUCAUCAAGCCGCACACCAAACAUGUGACAUGUUUGCAUUACAUGUUUCUAUGACUAAAAAAUUUGGGGUGGGGGGAUGGGAGUGGAACCCAGGGAUAGAAAACUGCUGUUUGACUGAGUUAUGGAAUAAACUCUUUCACUUAUUUCAAACAGCAUCCAGAUAUUUAGACUGCAUGAAAACAGACUCCUACCCCAUUGCACCCCUCAAGAAAAGUCUGAGGGAAGAGCGCAGUACUGUCAGAACCUAAAAAUGACUUUUAACAUUUGUCCAUUUUCAGAAUUCAUUCUUGUUCUCCCUUGCCACCAUUGAACCUGCUGCCUAAUCCAUUGCUUCUCUGCAUCCAAAGCAGAGUAGGUGAAUAAGAUUGCUUUAGUUUCCACCAAAGAGGCUUAAAAGCAGCUGUGUUCACAGUUUGCCUCAACAGUGCCAAAAGCUCCCUAUCAUCUAGACCUGUUACAAAAUUAUCAGGGCUUUUAAAAAUAAAGCACUUGGUCAAAUAUCAAACUUCCAUAUGUUUAUGGAAGCAAUAAUUUUUUCACCCACAACACUCUGUGGAACCAGUAGCUUUGAGAUCUAGCAAACUCUGGCAGCCAACAGAUUCAUAGACUCUCUUGACCUUUUCAGCUGGAGGUGACCUUAGAGGCCAAGGCCAACUGUAUCAUGUUUCUGUGAGGAAACUGAAGCAGAGGUUAAGGGGCUUACCCAAGAUCAUACAGCUGGAACUGGAAUGUGGGUUUCUCUCUUAAAUCCUGUUGCCAGUCUGGGAAGAGGAUAGGUUGAGGUAUUUGUUAGAAUACUGUUCUUACGUAACUCCCCUGGAUACUGGGCAUCUUCUGAAAGUAGUUUAAAGCUUCCCUUCACACAGAAAAAGCCUAAAUAGGAAGAUGAUCUCACUUCCCUAGUCCUCUUCUUCUCUGAUCAAGCCACUUUCAGAAGAUGCCCAGUAUCCAGAUACUUUGGCUCCAGAGGUGCCCUUCUCUCUAAUUUGUCACUUUACUUAUUCACCAUUGAGGGUGGCCCUCAGGUACAGCACAACCAAGGGCUUCUUUCUCUGUGAGUACUCAGCUGUCAGUCUUGACGAGAGAGUUCCCGGGCCUGCAGUGCACUUACCUGAAUUGUUGUGAAGGAGGCUUUUAAAAACUGCAGACCUAUUUGCACAGAAUAGAACCUUUAAAGAAAACACAAAUCUUCACACUCACACACACGCACACACAAUUUGGCACCCUUGUAGCCACUGAGGCCAGAUUUACCUAUGCUUGUUUUCCCUUGGUCUAAGCCUCUUUCUCCCUUCAAAGUCAUGUUGUGUCCUGGUGAUCACAAGCAGCUUCAGAAAGCAUUAAAGUGAAUGGCCUUGUCUUCAUGGUUAGGUAGACCAUGUGGGAGUUGGGAAUGGUAAUUCUAGCACAUUGUUCUCAGGUCGUAAGGUAGAGCUGGAAGGGGCCUUAAAGGUCUUAUCCAGUUGCUUCAUUUACUGUGUGAGGAAGCUGUCUCAGAAGAGUGGUCAUAGCAGUAGCAGAGACUAGAUUUGAGACGCCACACCAUCCCUUUGCCCUACUCUGUGCUGUUAAAAAUGUGUCUUCUUUUUCCUAUGCUCUUGAGAGCGUAGUUUCCCUAGACAGUUUCAUAACUAAUUAAUGCCUAUGUUCACUGCUUCCUUUCACCUUACUCUCUAGUAUUUUGUCACAAGAGGUUUGUUUACCCUAUUAGAAAAAUAAACCAAGUGACUCUACCUCCGUCUGCACUGGGGAAGUGCUGUUGGUCAGUCUGUCUGUUCCUGUAGCUUGUCAUAAGCUCGAUGUUCACAGACAACUCAUUUAAGUGUUUCUUAUGAAGGAACAACUUUGUCAGUGUAGAUAUAAUCCAGUAUAAUCUGGGCAUUAAUCCCACUCCUUAAUGAAGAAACGUGAGCGGGAGAAGACCUUGCAGACCGUCCAGUCCAAUUCUCUCAUUUAACAAAGGAGAAAAUGGCUCCAGAGAAGAGUGGUGACUGCCUGGGCAGCGUAACCGCAGAGGCCAUGCCAAAGAUCCGGGUAGUGAAUUAUCUGAUUGCUUGACCUGGGAGCGUGGAGCUGUCAGGUCAUGAUCCUGGGAAGUAUUCUGACCAGAGCUAGUGUGGGGGUGGCAUCUGUUUCUAAGUAAGCAGCUAUAGCUAGACCUGAAACUUUCUUUUUUCACCAACACUCCAAAAAGUGUGGGAGAGUUUAACUAGGAUGAAAGUUACACGUUCAAAAAUAAGUUUGGAGGUUGGAGCUGUCUCCAAAGGCAGUCUCUGGGUGAACUGAAAAUCAGAACCGUAAGCACCAAAUAAAUUGGGAGAAAAUUCACUACAAAGUUUGUUUUGAACUUAAACUGUGAUAUGGGUUACCAAAGUUCUGUUUAUGCCCACUUCUUCAUGAGCACUUCUGUUGUAUAAGAAAACUAACAUCUAUACCUUUCAUACUCAGAUGGUUCUCACCAAAAAGAAACUUUGGCAUUGUGGACUAAUAUAAUUCAGUCCAACCCAGGCACUAAUCCCACUUGUGAAUAAAUAAAUGAGCUGGAAAAGACCUUAGAAAUCAUUUAUAAUAGUAACACAUAUUAAUAUAAAAUUAUAUCCUUUUAAAAGCCCAAACCCCAUAUAGUUCCAUAAAAUCUUCUACCUAAAGAGCCCUUUGAACUCUGAAAUUGGGAUGCAUAUCAGGCACAUAUAUACAUAUGUAGAACACUUUGAAUGUACUGAGGUAUCCCAUCAAAAGUCCAUGUGGUUAAUAAGCUUUUAUCUAAAGCCUGUAGUGCAGGGCCUGAAAAGAAAUGUUAUUGCUUACUUACCUUGUACCUACUCAGUGCAAGCCACUAUAAGGAUACAACUAUGAAUAACACAUGGUCCUUGCCCUUAAGAAACUUCAUUUGUUAUUUUUUUUAUGGCCAAGGUUAUGACAGUAACAACACAAACUAUCAAAAUUCAAGGAAAACUCAGGUACACCCAACCGCAAAAUGAUGGCACAAAGUGGAAAGCCAAAUAUUUCUUUUUAGUUUUAGUUGAAACUAAACAGCAACACUAGUUUACCAAAAGUCACACCGUAGCCUUCUCAAUGUAUACCUUUGCUCACAUAUUUGAAAAGGCAAAAGGUGGGGCGAGAGAACAAGAUAGCACGGUGCCUUCUGUUUGCAGAGCUCUGCAAUUUGUAACCAUGAUAUUCCUCACACAAGCCCUGCGAGCAUAGGCAGAACAGCUAUAUUAUCUCUAAAAUGGAGACUCAGAGUAACUGGCCCAGAGUCACACAGCUAGCAAGUGACCAGUCUAGGACUUAUAAAACCCAGGUCUUCCGAUUCUCCUUAAUAUUUCCCUGCCAGACCCCCAAAUAACAACCAUUGUCCCACCCCAACCUCCAAAAAAUAAAAAGUAAGAGUGCUUUGUCAGAAACCUAUUUGCCAGUGCUGGGAAAUACUGUUUGACAUUUGUAUGUAUUCAUACUAUAAUUUCUUAUGCAAGUCCACACCAAGAGGCCUAUAGAAUUCAUACCACUAGUGCAUUUCUGUUUAACAGACUUUUCACCCUCUGGUUGGGGAACUGAUGUAGAGAUGAAAAGCAGCCAAAAUACAGUGGGACUUAGAAAGCACUAACAAGUGUACUAAACCACCUGUGGAUCACGAUGGCCCUUUGGAGCUUGCUGGCAGACACUGCACGUUGCUGUGCUUGCAUCACAUGGACACCAACAACACCAACAGAAAGGAGGUACUCACUGCACAAGGGUUACUCCAGACAUCUCACCUACAAUUGUUCUUUCCAUUGAAAGGCAAUGCAAUGGAUCCACAUUUUCAGGGAGUUUAAGAGACCUUGCAGAUUCCUUCUACACAGCACAGUUCAGGAGUUUGCUAUCAGUUUGUUUGUAUUGCCACCAUCUUAGCAACAGCGUGGCUACCUGUUACUGCCAUGGCCCAAAACCCUUCUGCCCAGACUACAUGUCAGAUUUAAAAAUGUACCAUUUGCCAGUAUCAUUUACCUGUUAAGAUUGUCCUGGAUGCUUAGUCCCGUAAAAGGAUUGUGCCAGUACAGCCAGGACAUGUCAGGCGCCAGUGGCAAAUGGCUCCAUUGCACUCCAUCACAAAUGAGGUGAAGGUUUCAGUGGUAGCUUUGUUGCUUAUAACUGCUGUUUAUGGUCAAGAUCAUUGCCUGCCAAAAUACUCUCUUGAGACUUUCCGGUUCAAAUUUUCCCAUUAGUGCUUGACAGGUAUAACCCUUCUGCAGGCCCUUAAAAACAAAAUCAUCACCUAUUCUAGCCAGCCAUAAAGAAAGUCUGAGUGGCUUCCAGCAAAUUUGCAAUACUAUGCAUUCCUUUGUGCAUUUUGUUUUUAGCUGCAACAAAACAGUUUGCUCCUGUUCCCCGUCCCCACCUUCCAAAAUGCUGUUAAGAAAUCCAGUGGUAUGUAAAGAGUUACUGUUGUUUGACAUUUAAUUUCUAAUCGUGUAAUGUUAGGAUUUACCAUCACAGAGGAUAGGUCCAUUAGAAAUUGUAUGUGGUGGUGUCACUAUCUGCUUUAAACCAUUUUAAACACAAGUAAAAAUAUACACAAGUUUUACUUUCCUAAUGGGUUAUCAAUUAGGAUAUCUGAACUAAUAUGAAAUAUUACUUUGUAGUAUCACAAACUUUGUAAAUAAAUACCCGUUAUUUUUUUAUGGAAAAUUUUAUAGAAGAGGCUAUUUCUGUACAUGCAACUAACCCCAUGUUUUCUGAAAGUGCUGCAAGGGGAGAGCAAACUUAUGUCCUACAGGACUGUGCCUUGCACAGAGCUGGCGCUUGAUAAAUGUCUGUGGACUAGUGCAAAAAUGGAGUAUGGUUUCUACAGUGAUUGGAAAUUGUGCUUACCAUGGAGAAAGGACUACAUCAGAUUGUUCUGUGACCUGAAGAAAAAAAAUGUACUGUAGGAAAAUAAAUGAUUUUAAGCAA